GAUGUUUUGUAUCUCAGGCGGUAGUAAUCCCCCGCAGUGCUUGACUAGACUGAGUCAGUGAGGAGGUGAAGGGGAGUUUUGCAGUCUGAGGUCGUAUAUCUGAACAGCAGCAUCAUGGCGGAGCAGAGCGAAUCUCCUGUUCACGUCCAAAAUCCACAACCAGCACAGACUACCAGCUGGCCCAUUAGCAGGGAGUCGUAUGAGCUCCAGGAGGUUAUCGGUAGUGGUGCUACCGCUGUUGUUCAGGCAGCCCUUUGUACACUCAGACAGGAGCGAGUUGCAAUAAAGCGAAUCAAUUUGGAAAAAUGCCAGACAAGUAUGGAUGAACUGUUGAAAGAAAUUCAAGCAAUGAGCCAAUGCUAUCAUCCAAAUGUGGUUACUUACUAUACUUCAUUUGUUGUAAAGGACGAACUUUGGUUGGUCAUGAAAUUACUAAGUGGAGGAUCAAUGUUGGAUAUCAUUAAGUACACAUUCAGCAGAGGGGAGCAUAAGAAUGGAGUCCUUGAUGAGCCAAUAAUAGCAACUAUUUUAAAAGAAGUGUUAGAAGGGUUGGAUUAUCUUCAUAGAAAUGGACAGAUUCACAGGGAUGUGAAAGCCGGGAAUAUUCUUUUGGGAGAAGAUGGGUCAGUGCAAAUAGCUGAUUUUGGAGUUAGCGCAUUCUUAGCAACAGGGGGCGAUGUUACAAGAAACAAAGUUAGAAAGACCUUUGUUGGAACUCCAUGUUGGAUGGCACCUGAAGUUAUGGAGCAGGUACGAGGUUAUGACUUCAAAGCGGAUAUUUGGAGUUUUGGGAUUACAGCUAUUGAAUUAGCUACAGGGUCUGCUCCUUAUCACCGAUAUCCACCCAUGAAGGUUUUAAUGCUAACCCUACAGAAUGAUCCUCCUAUUUUGGAUACAGGUGUGGAGGAUAAAGAAAUGUUAAAAAAAUACGGAAAAUCUUUUAGGAAGCUAAUAACACUGUGCCUUCAGAAGGACCCUACCAAAAGGCCUACAGCAGCAGAACUUUUGAAAUGCAAAUUCUUCCAAAAAGCCAAGAAUAGAGAGUAUCUGAUUGAAAAACUACUACACAAAGCACCGAAUAUAGCCCAAAGAGCAAAAAAGGAACCUGAGCAGAACCCUGGGAAAACAAGCAUGGUGUCAGGUUCUGAGAGAGAACAGGAUGGCAACAGAAGGGUUAGAAGAGUCCCUGGGUCCAGUGGUCAUCUACAUAAGACCGAGGAUGGAGACUGGGAGUGGAGUGAUGAUGAGUUGGAUGAAAGGAGUGAAGAGGGAAAAGCAGCAGUCAAUCAAGGAAGGUCACGAAGGUUAAGAAAAGAAAAUGAAGAGAAUGUUGUAAAUGCCAACAGUGAUCCUAUGCAGGAGCUGUCCACUGAGGCUCCUCAGGUGCACCCUCUUGAGACUUCUCAAUACAUCCAAGGGCCGUUUGCUCUAAAUAUGGUUUUACGAUUGAGGAAUGCCAGAAAGGAAUUGAAUGAUAUACGUUUUGAAUUUACACCAGGAAGAGAUACAGCAGACGGUGUGUCUCAGGAGCUGUUCUCGGCUGGCCUUGUGGAUGGACAUGAUGUAGUUAUCGUUGCUGCUAACUUACAGAAGAUUGUAGAUGACCCAAACACUUACACAAUCUUGACUUUCAAAUUGGCUUCUGGGUGUGAUGGAAACGAGAUUCCUGACGAGAUCAAACUGAUUGGGUUUGCCCAACUGAGCAUCAGCUGAUAUUUCCUGUUACUUGAUCUGUGUGGAAUGCUAGGAUCAGCUGAAAGAGAGAGAGAGAGAGAGUAAGCACCUUAGACAGAAUUCUGCUUCAUUCCCCAGCACUUCACUGGACCCUACAGCCACUGCUUGGCUCUCCUUGAAACACUGCUAAUAUUCAAGAGAGAAUUGAUAAAACUCUUGAAGACACUUGACGGUUCAUUUCACAAAAAAAAAAUGUACAAGGAUAAAAUGUGUACUCAGGUGGUUAUAUUUAUUAAUAUUAAGCAGCAUAGUAGUUUUAUUUUUUAACAUGUUACCCCUGCUUUUGGCAUAGCUUUUUAAUGUUUUUUCAAGUAAUUUAUUGACAAAGUUGCCGCCUUUUUGUUUUUGUUAAUUUUUUUGGGAUAUUUUUAGGUUCAUUUUAAAGAUAAGCCAAUAUAAUGAUCAUUUAAGUUUGAAGUAUUCCACAUUCAAAAGGUGUUUUAUUUCUUAAAAUGUAUUUCACUGCAAUAUGAGUUUUGAGUGAGCCACUGUCUGAAGAAAAAAAUGAUCCAAAGUAUUGCGUAUUUUAGAAGUCAAUGUUGAUGUUUUUUGGGUAAGGGAGGUGCCUUCUUAACCUUAAAUUUAAAAUGUGCCUGCGACAAUGGGAAAUGGGGAAUAGUAGCUAUUUGAAAUGACAACAGCAGAAGUUGUAUAUAUUUUAUUUAUAUUGCCACAUAAAUGCAAUGACAUUUAUAGAAGUAGAUUGUAGCUGAAUACUUGUGCACAUACUGUAAAUACACAACUUGUUAAACCUUCAAGCUGAAAUUACCGUGCACUUUGGCCAGUGUGGGUGUAUGCAGGGAGUUAUUGCUGCACCUAGCCCUGUUGUACAGCUUGUACAAUGGUUUAUAUCAUUAUAUCACAAGGUUAGAAACUUUCAUUAGCAGUUGUUAAUGCAACAGGGGUUGCUCAAAAUCCUGGCUACUCAAUCAUUUAACUAAUAUAGUUAAUUGAUAGUUUGGAAGGACUGGGUGCAGGGCUAGUGUGAGUUUCUAACCAAGUAUCUUUUGGGAGAUUAGGAUAAAAUAUUUCUACACUAUUCAAUAACAAACAGACUUGUCUUAAUGCAAGGUGACAUAAGAAAUAAAAAAUACUUGUAUUUAACCAUUACAUUGAACCAUAAACAGUAAAAAAUAUCUGUCUGCAGACCAAACCUAACUGCACAUUUUGAGUAAUGAAGAUUAAUACUAUUUGCUCUUACAAAAAGGUCUGUUUUUUCAGUUAAGAUAAAAAAGGCAGCUCUAAUUUAUUAACAUAACGUAGUUAGAAAUGUACGUAUCUACUUUAUCUUUUAUCAUAUAAGGUAAGUUAUUGUGUUAACUAUUCAUGCUAUUUAUCCUGUUUAAUUUAAUUCACAGUAAGAAAAUUGAAAUAACUGCAAACAGCAACCAAUAAAUCAUUGCACAACUGGCA